CAUUCCUUCGUUUGUACCUAGUCUCUCAUUUUGAAUCUGUAUGAACUGCAUCCGUCCCUUUCAUUUCUGUUGAAGUUUCUGCGUGUCUGAAUGCACCACAUCCAAUUCACACCGGCGUCAUAAUCAUAGCCCAUGGCUGACGGAUAUCCUCGGCCUGCCGGCGAAUCCAACGCCUUCCACAGCUGCCGGAACCGAUCACAGACUGCAAGCAUUCUGCCCACAGCUACGCCGCCUAGGAAGCGGGCAUCAUCAUUCUAUACUGUUAGAGGGCCAGAGAUUGUUGACGAUUCGAUCCCUGAUCCAUUCUACCUGGAGCAUACUCCAGGAGGCGCCUCUCCCUGGGGCAAUCGUCGACCGGGUAGUCGCGAUGUGAGAGGCAGUGAAGAAGGUAACCCGUAUUCAAUGAUAUCCUCGGUGUAUUCCAAAGACAUUCCCUUUGCUGUCACUGCACGCGGUGAAUCUGCGAGAUUGCGAUCCAACAACAACCGAUCCACCUUGUCUGUGGUCGAGCUAGAACAUCAACUCGGUCUUCAGCAAGUUUCGUCAGCCCGUCCCUGGGGAACAGCCUCUGGGCAUCACGACCACAGUUCGUUCAGCUCAGUGCAGACCGAAGCUACACCAGACUUGACACCAAGCAGCUCCUUCUCAUCCAAUUACUCUGCUCCCAUUUAUCCUGACAACUCCCUCCCCGCGGUAGAGUCUCUGCCAGUGCACGCCCCUCCUAUCCCGCCCAGUCCUAGACACAACGUAUAUCCUUGUUCAUCCACUCCUUUGAAUCAGUCGCAGGUAACUUUGUGUACACAGCCCUCCACGCCUGUACGACAAGGACGACCGCAUACAGCGACGCCUAACGCGUCGUCAGAUACCCUGGUCAUGCACCAAGGAGACAGUCACGAUCCUCCCUCCCAUCGUGGGAAGCCAUUGCCAUCUUUACCGAAUGGAGCCCGGAAUGGCAUUGCCCAUAGCGGCAGGAAGGGGCCCCCUCCCCCAAUCCGGCCUCCUAUUGCUCCGUCAAUGAUCUCUCCCCCGUCUCGCAUUAACCCCGUGACUAUGGAGCCACACGCCACUCAUUUUGAGAAAGCAAUGUUCAUACCUUCAAAUGAUUGUCCGAGUCCUGUGCCUAGUCCCAGUCCAGGAUCACCCUUGCUUGAACGCUAUCCCACAGCCAGCUCAGCGCGUGAACGUCCAUCCACCUCAGCGUCACGACCAGCGUACUGCGAACAGUCAGUCUGGGAAUCCGACUCGGACACCGAGUCGGUCGAUCCCAAGUCGCUGUCCAAGAAGCCAAUGGACAAGUUGAAGAAGGUUCGCAGUCGAGUGCAUCUAAGGGUAGCCAAGUCGGCGCCAAAGCUUCAACCUCCGCAGACACCCAACAGUCAGCACAGCAAUCAUUUGGAGAAGUUCUCUUCCAUGCCCGAUCAGCCCCCAGAGGAUCUCUGCCCGUCUCCCGCGCGGAAAACCGUCAAGGCGCGGUCACGAGAGGCUUUGCGGCCAGCGGCUGAGACAUUGCGACUGGUUGCCCCAUCCACGACUUCUCUAGUACCACCGCAGUCCAGACGCGGCAGCGGUCAAGCGCGCACCAUCGACAUUGACCGAACAACUGCAGCUGCAAUGCAAGCAAAGUCACGCCGCCGACCCCGGUCUGACUCGAAGAAGUCGCUUUCCCCGGAGCGUGAAAAAGUGUGCACCCUCUGUCGCGAAGAGCGAUCCGACAAGGCCAUCCUCUCCCUGGCACGACCCCCACUCUAUAAACGGGUAUGGGAGUCAUUGCGUGUGCUGGGCUGUCAUGGCGACAUUACACCUCCCCGGUCCCGCAGACCCAUGUAGUUAUUCCCGAUCCUUUUCAUUUUCUCAUUCCUGUUCGAAAACCAAAAGUCCUAUACGGCGUUAAAUGAUGUACGGCUAUUUGCUACGAUCUACCAAAAACCACCCUUACGGCCCUGUCCGACGAUACUGAAUGGAUCGCCAUGAUUGAUCUAAUGUUUAUGAC